AUGUCGUCUCCCUUCGGCGGCCUCAAGGAGGAGGCGGCGCCGGGCCUCGCGCUGUUGCGUGCGCAGCUUCAAAGCAUGCGAUCGGUUGAACCACACACUGCAGCUGCUGUCCCCUACCAAAUGCUGCUGCGCGGCGUUCCCGAGUUGCGGUCUGCUGGCGGUACCGCCGCGGGUUUCCCCCCGUGCCCAGCUGUGAGUGGUGCGUUGUCGCCGCCUCAGGAGAAGUGGGACGCGAAUGUAGGCAUGUUGCGGCAGUUGGAGUCACGUCUACGCCGCUACCAGGAGAGCGGUGUGGAGAGGCGCGGGAAGUUGCUGCUCGCGAUGGAACAAGUGCACACCGAUAUGGAGCAGGUGCAGGCCUGUACCGUGCAGUUCCAGGUAGAUGGAGAGGACCAUCUUCAGGCGCUGCGACGACUUCUUGCAGGCAACAAGGACACUGCUCAGUGUAUUCUGCGCCGCCCUGAGGCUGUCAUGAAGGAGGCGGCCAGUGUUUUUGGAGAGGAGACGGGUUCUUCCGCUAGCACCCGUGAAGAGGAUGGGCGACUCAUAUCUCGCGUGGAGGACAUGCGAAGGGCCCAGGGGGUGAUGCGUCGUCGGCUGGAAAAUGCUUCUGGUCUCGAAGCUGCACCAUCGUCAGCGUCUGCUGCGGCGGUGGUGGGCAGAAUCAAAGCCGAGCUGCAGAAAGAGCGUGAUGCGGCCGACGCGAGACUUUCUGCUUUGAAGGAGUCAUUUGUAGCCAUUGUCCAAAAGACGUUAGAUGAGUUGGAGCUGUUGCGAAGCGAACGUGUAGAGACCGAGGCACUGUGCGCGCGAAUUCUUAGCUGCCACGCCGCUUAG